CGGCCAUUCAAGAAUUGAUCUUUAUAGAAAAGAAAGAAUUAUCCUCUUUUAGAUUUUUUUUUUUGAAAAAUACUCACUUCUCACUAUGCAUUGGCUAUAUAUUUAAUCUGCUCAUCUUUGAAAGACAUUACACUAAACCAAGCUUAUAAGAACUUCACACCAAAAUAUCAUUAGAUAGAGAGAUCUCAGAGGGAAAUAAAUGGAGCAUCAACGAUCAAGGAAAUGGAUUUUUAGAGGCAAUGAAGUGUUGAUUGAAUCAUCAGCUGUGAGUGUCAGAGGAUACCUCAACCUUCUAUAUGAUAAUCUUAACAAAGAUUCUCAAAUGGCAGUGGUUCCUCUUGGCCAUGGCGACCCUUCAGCAUUUCCGUCCUUUAGAACUUCUCCUGUAGCUGAAGAUGCUAUUCUUGAUACGAUUAAAUCAGCUAAGUUUAAUGGCUAUACUCUCUCAGUUGGUAUGCAUCCUGCGAGGAGGGCUAUUGCAGAACAUCUCUCUCAUGACCUUCCAUACCAAUUAUCUGCAGAUGAUAUUUAUCUUACAGUAGGUGGCACACAAGCUAUAGAAGUGAUAGCAUCAGUGCUUGCUCGACCUGGUGCCAACAUUCUGCUUCCUAGGCCAGGCUACCCAACUUAUGAAGCCUUUGCGCGUUGCAGCAACCUUGAAGUGCGCCAUUUUGAUCUUAUACCAGAAAAAGGUUGGGAGGUUGAUCUUGAAUCCGUUGAAGCACUUGCUGAUGAGAACACUGUUGCUAUGGUUAUCAUAAACCCUGGAAAUCCUUGUGGAAAUGUCUUCACAUACCAUCAUUUGAAAAAGAUUGCAGAGACUUCAAGAAAACUUGGGAUAUUAGUGAUUGCUGAUGAAGUUUAUGACCACAUAGCAUUUGGAAGUAACCCAUUUGUGCCUAUGGGGAAAUUUGGAUCCAUUGUGCCUGUUCUUACUCUGGGAUCUCUAUCAAAAAGAUGGAUUGUUCCUGGUUGGCGAUUUGGUUGGAUUGCAACAUGUGAUCCUGAUGGUGUCUUUAAGGAACAUGGGAUUACUAAGAGCAUUGAGAGCUAUCUCAGCAUCUGCUCUGCACCUGCAACCUUCAUUCAGGCAGCAAUUCCAGAAAUCCUGAAGAGAACAAAAGAAGAAUUCUUCCUGAAAAUUAUUGACAUCACAAGAGAAGCAGCAGAUAUAUGUUAUGAAAGGAUUAAGGGGAUCCCUUGUAUUUCCUGUCCACACAAACCAGAUGGAUCCAUGUUUGCUAUGGUAAAACUAAACCUCUCUUUGCUUCAAGACAUCAGUGAUGAUAUGGAUUUCUGUCUCAAGCUAGCCAGAGAGGAAUCUGUGAUUAUUCUACCAGGAGUAGCAGUAGGACUCAAAAAUUGGCUGCGCAUAUCCUUUGCUAUGGAACCACAAUUUCUUGAACAAGGACUUGAGAGGAUAAAAGCAUUCUGCCAGAGGCAUGCCAAGAGCAAUGCAUAAGAUUUUAGUUCGUAUAAGAUCAGGUUGUGGAGAUCAUCAGCAACAUCUCUUGGAUCUGUAACAAAAAUAAAAAAUAAAAAAAAAAUAAAUUCCAUCUUUGUAUUGCACUUGCCAGUGCAUAGGAUUGGAUUUAAAUUCUCAUGGUGCUCUUUAUUACUAUUAUUAUUAGUUGAAUGUUCAUUGAAGUUAAGUGAAGUGUUUAGAUGUUGUUGAGAUAGAUUCAAAACAAUAAGAGAAAUUCUUAUCUAAAUCGAGUAUCUCAUUGAUCGAAAGAUACAAAUAUGUGAAACUCGUAUAUUUAAUACUUAAGUCCUACUAUACAUCAUGUAUCUUGGUUUUAUGAGGUACCUGAUCUAGGUAAGAAAAAUCCAAAUAAAUGUACACUUUAGUUCUUCUAUUAUAUUUAAUUAGUUCCUUUU